GACGUUCUGUUGUGUCCGUCACUCUGGCAACACAUGCAUGCCGACGUUCUCUUUCGUCCAACCGCGGCAGAAGACGACGGCUAAAAAUUUUUACUAGUGCAAGUGUGGAAGUGCUCUCUUGUGUGCGCCGCGAACGGUUUUUGUGGUCGGUUGAAAAAGUGUGGUGAGGAGAGGAGUUGUAACAGGACCCGACGUAAUCCAAUAAACAGCAGGAAAAAUGUCUGGAAAUACGUGCUUCAAGUGUGACCGGCCGGGACACUAUGCCCGUGAUUGCCAGAACGUCGGAGCGGGAGGCGGUGGUGGUGGUCGCCCCGGAGGACCCCGUGGUGGAGAAAGACGAGAAUUCGGCGGAGGCGGCAGCCGCCGUGAAAAGUGCUAUAAAUGCAACCAAAUGGGUCACUUUGCACGUGAUUGCAAGGAGGAUCUGGACCGGUGCUACCGCUGCAACGGAAGCGGUCACAUUGCACGUGACUGCAGUCUGUCGCCCGACGACUCGUGCUGCUACAACUGCAACCAGAGCGGUCAUCUGGCUCGAAACUGUCCGGAAAAGAGCGACAGGGAUAUGAACGUGUCCUGCUACAACUGUAACAAGAGUGGUCACAUUUCACGAAACUGUCCCACCGGGGACAAAAGCUGCUAUAGCUGUGGCAAGAUUGGUCACUUGAGUCGCGACUGCACUGAGAACAAGGGUCGCGAUUAGAAGUCGGGUUAUGCGUCGUCGUGGUGCACCAGCAGCAGCAACAACAAUAACAAUAUCCACAUGAACAAUAACAACAAUAGCAGCAGUUUGAACCAUAUUAACAACAACAACAACAGCGUUGGAGCUGUAACCAGUUAUUACCGGUUGCCUUCGCUCCCGUCUCGAAUUACAGUCUCGCCGACUAUACAGCAAGAACAACAGAAACAAUUGUUCGGUGGACUGAAUUCAUUCCAGAACCAUCUUCACCGUCAACUUCCAUCCCAGUCCCUUCAGCAGGCCGUUCAGCAAUUCCCAUUCGCCGAAGGUACGAUCAAAUCGGCGGUGAGUGACCAACAUCAGACGGUUGCAACGGCCUAUCUGUUGCAGUCGCAACAGAAAAGCUACUACAACAGUGCGUCGUCGCCGAUCGGCGCUCAUCUUGGUCACUACGCUGCGGCUGUUGUUUCCGGCGGAGGCAGUACUAGCGGAUCUGUUACGACGAUCGGAAGUGGGUUAGGAGGUCAUCCUGCAAGUACUUCGGCGGUCGCUGCUGCAGCUGCUGCCACCCUUCACGCAAGCAAACCACGAUUCAAAUUAUAAUACUAAAUGAUGAUAAUAAUUGCAAAAAAAAAAUUUAAAUGUUGAUUAAUCACGAAUGGAAAAGAGAAAGAAGGAACGUUUAUGAAAUCAAAACUAACAACAAAGAAAGCAGAUCGGAGUAAAAAAAACGUACGAAUGGAUAUAAAUGAUUCACUUUCACACAAUUAAACUAAAAAAACUCGUUUAUGCCAUUUAUUGUUUUUCUUGUUUUUUCAUGUUCUUAACUGUACGAAGCAAAAGCAUUGAAAAAAUUAUACAAUAUUUCGUAUGGAGAACUAAAUAAAAUACCAGGAAGACGAGAGUAACCAUUACAAGGUUAAA